AUGGCAGAGAUUGAAGUGGAAGAAACUUUCGAAACAACGACGGUCCGAAAAAAGACCGUCAAAAGGAGCAUUAAAAUUGAGGAAACAUCAUCAUCUACAAAAACAACAACCAUGACGACACCAGCAAAAUUAUAUGGUAAAGAUUUAAGUGAAUAUGACGACGUUGAUGUAGAUGCACUCCUAGCUCAAUUAUCACCUGAGGAGAUUAAUAUAUUAGCUAAAGAAGUUGAUCCUGAUGAUUCAUUUUUACCACCACAUCAACGUACCAGUUAUGAAUGUGAAAAAGAACCAACGGGUCCAUUAGAUCGUAAAAAACUAAUUGAGCACAUCAAUAAACAGGCAUUAGAGACACCAGACAUACCAGAUUUGGAACCUUUUGUAGCUGGAGUGGUUCGCGGAAAGAAAUGGAUUCCACCACCACAAGAAGCGAGAAUGCAAGCGGCUGAAGAGCAAAUUGCAAUUGAUUUGGGUGAUGAAUAUGAGCAGGCAUUGACAGAUGCAACUCAAGAGGAAAUUAUUGAUUUAGCUGCUAUUCUCGGAUUUCAUCAAAUGAUGAAUCAAGAUCAAUACCAUGCAUCACUGCUGAAUAAGCAUCAACCUGCCGGUCUAGGUUGGGAUGGUAUAACGAAAGCAUCAACACCAAAAGUUUAUCCACCUGAGAAGCCAAACACAACCGAUGUUGAGGAUUCAAUUAAACGUGUAAAAGACAACGAUCAUAAAUUGACUGAUUUGAAUUGGAAUAACAUUAAAAAUAUUUCGGAUGAGAGAUUUGAGCAACUUUUUGCGGGAUUGAAAAAUAAUAACAAAUUGGAGGCACUCUCAUUGACGAAUGUAGGACUUACUGAUCGCACAGCGUUGAUGCUUGCCGAGGCAGUUGAGAAGAAUACAACACUUCGUGUAUUGAAUGUCGAAACAAAUUUCAUAAGUCCGCCAGUGAUUGUCGUUUUAGUGAAAGCCCUCCUGCAGAAUAUGAGCGUUGAGGAGUUCCGAGCCUCAAAUCAGCGAUCAACUGUGUUAGGCAACAAGAUCGAAAUGGAAAUAACAGAAUUAGUGGAGAAGAAUUCCACAUUACUAAGAUUAGGUCUUCAUUUAGAGUUUAAUGAUGCUAGACACAGAGUCGCUGCCCAUUUGCAACGUAACAUUGAUAGAAUUCGUAUAGAGCGACUUGAAUUUGAUCCCGAUAAUCAAGUGAUCAGAGGUGAGCGAUCAGACAGCGAAGAUGACUAUUAA